GAGAAGGUGGCGAGCUGUGCGGACUUCCCGGUUGGCCUAUAUAAGACGCCCAAGGACCAGCCGCGAACCUCACUCGGUCGGCUGGCAUUCACCUGAGUGGAUCGUCAUGGCUCUGAGCACGGUGCUGGCCACCUUCCUGUGCACUAUCGUCUUGCCUGUUCUGCUCUUUCUGGUAACGGUCAAGCUGUGGGAAGUUUACAUGACCCGGAGGAGAGAUCCAAGUUGCGCAAGCCCUCUGCCUCCCGGAUCCAUGGGCUUGCCCUUCUUUGGGGAGACGCUGCAGCUCAUCCUGCAGAGAAGAAAGUUUCUGCGCAUGAAGCGGCAGAAGUAUGGCUACAUCUACCGGACGCACCUUUUCGGGAACCCCACGGUGCGCGUAACCGGGGGCGACAACGUGAGGCAGAUUCUCCUGGGGGAGCACAAGCUGGUGUCCGUGCAGUGGCCCGCGUCGGUGCGCACUAUCCUGGGCUCGGACACGCUGUCGAAUGUGCACGGAGCCCAGCACAAAACCAAGAAAAAGGCCAUUAGGCGAGCCUUCUCCCGGGAGGCAUUGGAGCUCUACAUCCCAGUCAUCCAGGAGGAGGUUGGUGCUGCAGUCAAAGACUGGCUGGCCAGGGAUUCUUGUGUUCUGGUGUACCCGGAGAUGAAGCGUCUGAUGUUUCGCAUUGCCAUGAGGAUCCUACUGGGCUUCGAACCGGACCAGAUCAAGACUGACGAGAGGCAGCUGGUCGAGGCUUUUGAGGAGAUGAUCAAAAAUCUGUUUUCUCUGCCCAUUGAUGUUCCUUUCAGUGGAUUGUACAGGGGUCUUAAAGCUCGGAACUUCAUCCAUUCCAAGAUCGAGGAGAACAUCAAGAAGAAGAUACAAGAUUCACAGAAUGAGUCCAAACAUGGUGAUGCUCUGCAGCAACUCAUUGACAGCUGCAGUAAAAAUGGGGAGACCUUUAACAUGCAGGCUAUCAAAGAGUCAGCUACAGAACUACUAUUUGGGGGCCAUGAAACCACGGCCAGCACAGCCACCUCUUUGAUUAUGUUCUUGGGCCUGAACCCUGAAGUGGUGGAAAAAAUGAGGCAGGAACUGAUGGAAAAGGAGGAGCAAGGAAUGCAACUCCAGAAUUUGAACAUUGAGUCUUUGGAGCAGUUGAAAUAUACCGGUUGUGUAAUUAAAGAGACACUAAGGAUUAAUCCUCCAGUCCCUGGAGGGUUCAGAGUGGCAUUGAAGACAUUUGAACUCAAUGGAUAUCAAAUUCCUAAAGGUUGGAACGUCAUCUACAGUAUCUGUGACACCCACGAUGUGGCGGAUAUCUUCCCCAACAAGGAAGACUUCCAGCCAGAUCGCUUCAUGAUGAAAGCUUCUGGAGACUCCUCGAGGUUCCAGUACAUUCCCUUUGGUGGGGGCUCCAGGAUGUGUGUUGGGAAGGAGUUUGCCAAGGUCCUGCUCAAAAUCUUUCUGGUGGAAGUGGUCUCAAAGUGUCACUGUACUCUCUUGAAUGGGGCGCCCAUGAUGAAAACGGGACCGACUGUUUAUCCUGUGGACAAUCUGCCAACAAAGUUUACCUGCUUUGUUCAAAAUUAAACUGUUUUUAAAAUCAAUGGAGUGUCAUAUAUUCUCAGUAGUCAUAAAUCAUUGUUUUGACCGAAAAACAAACUAUUGGGAAGCACGCAGACGUUCCAAGAGUUGUAUUUUUAUGAAUUUAGUAGUCCCCAAUGAUUUCUUGAUUUUUAUUAUUACUUCCCCCCCCAUGACCUGUACAUACUGUAAAUACUGUAUUUGGAAAGCAUUUUAUACUAUAAUGUGGUGGAUUUGUACAUAUCUCUUUUUUAAAGAUGACAUCCAACUAAACAGACAUUAUCACACAUUGGAACACUAAAUCAGCUCAGUGGUGUAUCUUUAGGAUUGUGUACAUACUGGAUGUAGAGUUUGUUAUAUAACUUUUGUAUCUUAACGUCAACUUAUUUAAGCGAUGCAAUAUUGUAUUGUCUUUUUAUUUAAUAAAUAAAUUUUUGUGGA